AUGCUAGCAUGGAAAACAGAAGUCGAGAAUGAUGAUAUGGAUGGUAGAGAUUAUGAUAAGUACCAGCCUGAUCCUUCUUAUCCAAUUGAAUUGGAUAAGAAUGAUAAACUUUUAUUUAACUGCAAAAUUGAACCCAUGUUUACAUCAUUAAACGAUAAAGUUACUGAUGCUCAUAUUUUGUUUUGUCUGCAAGGUGUUCAUGCAGAAUGUGGUCAGACUUUUAAAGCCAACCAUUUUGUGCCAGUAUUAUUUCUUCCUAAUGGUACCAAAAGGAAACUAAUUAAACAUUCCAAAAAAAUCUUGCCGCAGUCUAAAAAACCCUGUCUGUUCCCAAAAGAUGGGAAGGUACAAUCAAAGUUGUCGUUUUGGACAGACCAGUGCAGCGACAAACUUAUUUUGCCUACUUGUAAGAAAAAAGACUUACCCCAAAUAAAAGAGGAGCACAAAACUGUUGUUGAUGUUUCUUCCAUGCCUCCUUUUGCUGGUAGUAGUAAAGUUAAUUCAGAUACUGUUGUUUGUGAUAGUGCAUUGUCCAAUGCACCAGACACAACUACUAGUCAUCCUCUGUGUUCAUCUUUAAACUAUCCUCAAACUUAUUUUGAUGUCUCAGAUUAUACAGAUAAAGUUUUUCAAAUAAAGGAUGAUCCAUUAAAAGUUCAUGAACUUAUCCAAAAUGUUUAUAAACCUGAUCAUUCUUAUAAAUUUCCGAAAACAAAUAGGUCUUUUCGUUUUGAGUGGUUAACAAAGUUUUCCUGGUUAAGUUAUUCACCCAAGGUUGAUGGAGCUUAUUGUCUGCCAUGUGUUUUGUUUGGACACAAGUUUUCUUCCAAAUUAAGUAAAAUUAAAAAACUGUUUUCUGAACCUUUUAAUUUUAUGGCUAACUAUUUUGGUAAUUCUCAGCCGAUUGAUGUGCUUCUUGAUACUAACCAUCAGAAGAAAAUUACUGAGAACAGAAAGAAAUUGAUACCAAUUGUUCAGGCCAUUAUUUACUCUGGUAGACAAGGGCAUGCUUUAAGAGGUCACCGUGAUGACUCACAAUAUCAUGGUGAAUUAGGAGAAUUUUCUGGUGGUCGGGUAGGAAAUUUUGUUGAACUUUUGAAUUUUAGAGUACAAGGUGGAGAUACAGCUCUUGCUGACCAUCUUAAAACUUGUCCCAAAAAUGCUACAUACAUUUCUAAAACUACCCAGAAUGAAUUAAUCAACUGUUGUGGAUCUGUAAUUUUGGAUGAAAUAAUCCAAGAAGUAAAAUCAAACACUUUCUUUUCUAUUCUGGCAGAUGAAGCUGCUGAUUUAUCUAAUAAAGAGCAAAUGUCCUUAGUUUUACGUUUUGUUGACAGUAAUUUGAAUAUACGUGAGGAGUUUGUUCAAUAUAUUCAUUGUGAUGAGGGGCUGGCAGGUAAAGACUUGAAGUCUGUUCUCUUAAAGUCACUUCAUAACCUGACUUUAAAUAUUAAGGACUGUCGGGGUCAAGCAUAUGAUGGUGCAGGUGCUGUUGCUGGGUAUAAGAAUGGACUUUCUGCCCAUAUUCUUAAUUUAAAUAAAAAGGCUAUAUAUGUUCAUUGCAACAGUCAUCGUUUAAAUUUAGCAGUUGGAAAAUCUUGUACAAUCAGCUUAGUUGCCCAUGUGAUGGCUAAAAUAAAACACAUUUCCUAUUUCUUUAACUAUUCUCAAAAAAGACAGCAAUCCCUUAUGAUUAACAUAGAUAAAUAUAGUCCGACUUCUAAAAAAACUAAAUUAAAGGAUGUUUGCUGUACUCAGUGGGUUGAACGAAUUACUGGUUUAGAUCUCUUUCAAGAGUUAUAUGUGCCUAUUUAUAUUACUUUGGAAGAGAUGAAAUUAAACUUAAAUCGACAGUUCAAUUAUGACACAUCAAAACAAGCUGUUGGUUUUUUUCACCAAAUAGCUAAUUUUGAAUUUCUUGUCACUCUGGUGAUCACAAGGAACGUAUUUGACAUAACACUUCCAGUUACUCAAUUGCUACAAAAUAGAACAAUUGAUGUUAUGGACAGCAUAGAGCUUAUUCAAACAUUAAAAAAUGUUCUCCUUCAAACCAGAAAUAAUGUGGAACAUUUUCAUGAUAGGUGGUAUGAGGAGGCUCUUUCUCUUUGUGAAAAAGUGGGAAUUGUGGAGGAGAAGAAGGGAACUGUUGGAAGGCAAACCACAAGAGAUAAUCAUCCUUCUUUUUCAACUUCUGAUUACUAUAAAAAAUCAGUUACUAAUCCUCUUUUAGACCAUUUAAAUAGUGAAAUGAAGAAUCGUUUUCAACCGUUUUCUCUAAAUGCUUAUAAUGGCCUAUGCAUUGUUCCAGCAAAAAUGGUUUCUUUGAUUUCUGGAGAUGACCUUCCAAAUAUACUUGGGCUUAAUGCUGAAUUAGAAAUUUGGGAGAAGUAUUGGAUUGAUUUUAAAGGAAAUAGACCCCAAACUAUUGCUCAAACGUUGAAGUCUGUUAAUCUAAAUGUCUUUGUUAAUUUGCAUGUGGCCCUAAGAAUUUUAGCCACUAUUCCUGUCACCACAUGUGAAUGUGAACGCUCUUUCUCUGCUAUGAGAAAACUUAAAAAUUAUACUCGCACUACUAUGGUAUCUGAACGCCUCAACAGGCUAGCGCUUAUGUAUAUUCACAAAGAAAUAGUGCCAGAUGUUGAUAAAGUUUUAAAUAAAUUUGCUAAAGAUAAAAGAAGACUUGAAUUAAUAUAA